CGGACAAGACAGACGCUGGGUCAGAUACAGCCCGUGGCGUCCGGGCCUGUUCGGCUGCUUGCCGCCUCUGCCACCAUCCCCGCCCCCGCUGCCGCCUACACCGGAGAGCUAGGCGAAGCGGGACGUGAGGUUCUUUGGCCCUGCCGGGUCCAGUGCGGCCCGGAGCCCCGGUGCCGGAGGUUCCCCAGGAAAUCAUCACACUCUCCUUCCCACUGUGGUUUUGGGAGCAUGAAGGCGUUGCUUACCCCCUAUGUCUGGUUCACUGUAUGUAGGCUGGGAGUGUCUGCUGACCGCUUGGAGUGCUGUCCCUUGGAAGAGGCGAAAUAAGAUUGAGGACCUCUGCAGUGGACCAUGAGUUGGUAAUGCCCACUGAGGACCUCUGGGAGCCAUGUCAGACGAAUCCGCCUCAGGGAGCGAUCCAGACCUGGACCCGGACGUGGAGCUGGAGGAUGCGGAAGAGGAGGAGGAGGAGGAGGAGGUGGCAGUGGAGGAGCACGACAGGGAUGAGGAGGAAGACAUGCUGGAUGACCCAUCCCUGGAAAGCAUGUGUGGCACUGAAAAUGUCCAGCUGGGGGAAGAUGGGCAGCAGCCACCACGGUGCACUUCAACUACCUCAUCUCAGUCUGAGCCUUCAGAGCAGCUUAGGUGCCACGAAGGCAAGAGCCUAGCCUCUGAGGACCCCAAAAAGAAGAGAGCUCAGAAGCCCUCUCACAUGAGGAGAAACAUACGGAAGCUACUACGUGAGGAUCAAUUGGAGCCAGUUACCAAAGCAGCACAGCAGGAAGAGUUGGAAAGAAGGAAGCGUCUGGAGCAGCAGAGGAAAGAUUAUGCAGCCCCCAUUCCCACCGUUCCCCUGGAGUUCCUCCCAGAGGAAAUUGUCUUAAGAGCAAGUGAUGGUCCCCAGGUGCCUUCUCGGGGCUUGACCCAGGAAGUCAUUUGUUUGGAUAGCAGCAGUGGCAGUGAGGAUGAAAAAAGCAGUCGAGAUGAGGUGAUUGAACUGAGCUCUGGAGAGGAAGACACUCUGCACAUUGUGGACAGCAGUGAAUCUGUCAGCGAGGAGGAUGAGGAAGAAGAGAAGGGUGGCACCCAUGUAAAUGAUGUCUUAAACCAGCGUGACACUCUUGGGCGGGUUCUUGUCAACCUGAACCACCCUCCAGAGGAGGAGAACGUCUUCCUGGCCCCACAGUUGGCACGGGUUGUGAAACCUCAUCAGAUUGGUGGAAUCCGCUUCUUGUAUGAUAACCUAGUGGAGUCCCUGGAGAGGUUUAAGACCAGUAGUGGCUUUGGCUGUAUACUGGCUCACAGCAUGGGUCUGGGGAAAACUUUGCAAGUGAUCUCCUUCAUCGAUGUCCUCUUCCGCCACACGCCAGCCAAAACAGUCCUUGCCAUUGUGCCGGUUAAUACUCUUCAGAAUUGGCUGGCAGAGUUCAACAUGUGGCUUCCAGCUCCUGAAGCCCUUCCAGCUGACAACAAGCCUGAAGAAGUCCAGCCUCGGUUCUUUAAAGUUCAUAUCUUGAACGAUGAACACAAGACAAUGGCAUCUCGUGCUAAAGUGAUGGCUGAUUGGGUAUCAGAAGGUGGGGUGCUGCUGAUGGGGUACGAAAUGUAUAGACUCCUCACUCUCAAGAAAUCCUUCACAACAGGUAGACCGAAGAAAACUAAAAAACGCUCUCACCCGGUCAUCAUUGAUCUGGAUGAGGAAGAUCGACAACAGGAGUUUCGGAGAGAGUUUGAGAAGGCCUUAUGCCGCCCUGGCCCUGAUGUGGUGAUCUGUGACGAGGGACACCGCAUCAAAAACUGCCAGGCCAGCACUUCACAGGCACUGAAGAACAUUCGCUCUCGCCGCCGGGUGGUGCUGACCGGGUACCCCCUGCAGAACAAUCUUAUUGAGUACUGGUGCAUGGUAGACUUUGUGCGCCCAGACUUCCUUGGCACCCGGCAAGAGUUCAGCAACAUGUUUGAACGCCCUAUCCUGAAUGGGCAGUGUAUUGACAGCACACCUCAGGAUGUCCGCCUCAUGCGGUACCGGAGCCAUGUCCUGCACAGUCUCCUGGAGGGCUUUGUGCAGAGGAGAGGCCACACUGUGCUCAAGUUUCAUCUCCCUGCAAAGGAAGAAAAUGUGAUUCUUGUGCGACUCUCCAAGAUCCAGCGAGAUUUGUAUACACAGUUCAUGGAUCGCUUUCGGGACUGUGGUAGCAGCGGCUGGCUUGGGUUGAACCCCCUUAAGGCUUUCUGCGUGUGCUGCAAGAUCUGGAAUCACCCUGACGUGCUGUAUGAAGCCCUUCAGAAGGAGAGCCUGGCCAAUGAGCAGGACCUAGACGUGGAGGAGCUUGGCUCAGCAGGGACCAGUGCCCGCUGCCCGCCUCAGGGAGCAAAAGGGAAGGGGGAGGAUAACACCUUGGCUUCUCCAAUGGGAGAGGCAACCAACAGCAAGUUUCUACAGGGGGUUGGCUUCAACCCUUUUCAGGAGCGAGGCAACAACAUCAUCACAUAUGAAUGGGCCAAGGACCUUCUGACUAAUUACCAGACUGGAGUCUUAGAGAACUCUCCUAAGAUGGUACUGCUUUUCCACCUGAUUGAGGAAAGUGUGAAGCUUGGGGACAAGAUCCUUGUGUUUAGCCAAAGCCUUUCUACCUUGGCUCUCAUUGAGGAAUUCCUGGAAAAACGAGAAGUGCCCUGUCUGCCUGGUGCUGAGGCGCAAGGAGCACAGAAAUGGGUUCGAAAUGUCAGCUACUUCCGGCUAGAUGGUAGCACCCCUGCCUUUGAGAGGGAGCGGCUUAUUAAUCAGUUUAAUGAUCCCAGCAACCUCACCACCUGGCUGUUUCUUCUCUCCACAAGGGCCGGAUGCUUGGGUGUGAAUUUGAUUGGUGCCAAUCGAGUAGUGGUGUUUGAUGCUUCCUGGAACCCUUGCCAUGAUGCCCAGGCAGUAUGUCGGGUAUAUCGUUAUGGCCAGAAAAAACCCUGUCACAUCUAUCGCCUUGUGGCUGAUUACACCCUCGAAAAGAAGAUCUAUGACCGUCAGAUUUCCAAGCAGGGCAUGUCAGAUCGGGUGGUGGAUGAUCUAAAUCCAAUGUUAAACUUCACCCGGAAGGAGGUGGAAAACCUACUGCACUUUGUUGAGAAAGAGCCAGCUCCCCAAGUAUCUUUGAACAUAAAGGGGAUCCAGGAAUCUGUCCUGCAACUUGCCUGUCUGAAGUACCCUCACCUUAUCACCAAGGAGCCUUUUGAGCAUGAAUCAUUGCUCCUCAACCGAAAGGAUCAUAAGCUGACCAAGGCUGAGAAAAAAGCAGCAAAGAAAAGCUAUGAGGAAGACAAACGCACAUCAGUCCCCUAUACCCGCCCAUCAUAUGCUCAGUAUUACCCUGCCAGUGACCAGAGCCUGACCAGCAUCCCUGCCUUCAGUCAGAGAAACUGGCAGCCAGCUCUGAAGGGUGAUGAAAAGCCUGUAGCCAGUGUUCGUCCUGUACAGUCCACCCCCAUCCCCAUGAUGCCCCGGCAUGUCCCAUUGGGAGGCAGCGUAAGCUCUGCCUCCAGCACAAAUCCCUCCAUGAACUUCCCAAUCAACUACUUGCAGCGAGCUGGAGUCCUUGUGCAGAAGGUGGUCACCACAACAGAUAUUGUUAUCCCUGGACUCAACAGCUCCACAGAUGUACAGGCAAGAAUUAAUGCUGGUGAGAGCAUCCACAUCAUCCGGGGGACAAAAGGGACAUACAUUCGCACCAGUGAUGGUCGGAUCUUUGCAGUCCGAGCAACUGGCAAACCAAAGGCCCCUGAAGAUGGUCGGAUGGCUGCCUCAGGUUCCCAGGGGUCUUCUCGUGAAUCCACAAGCAACGGCAGACACAGUGCCUCAUCACCCAAAGCCCCUGACCCUGAGGGGCUGGCCAGGCCCGUCUCUCCUGACAGCCCAGAGAUCAUCAGUGAGCUCCAGCAGUAUGCAGAUGUGGCUGCUGCCCGGGAAUCCCGUCAGAGCUCUCCAAGCACCAAUGCCGCCCUGCCUGGCCCGCCGGCCCAACUUGUAGACAGCAGUGCUAUUCCUGGGACAGCUCUCGGGACUGAGCCUCGACUUGGGGGUCAUUGCCUCAAUAGUUCCCUCUUGGUGACUGGCCCGCCCUGUGGUGAUAGGCACCCAGUGCUGGACUUAAGGGGCCACAAGCGAAGGUUGGCCACACCACCUGCUGCCCAGGAGUCAACCCGCCGGCGGUCCAGGAAAGGCCAUCUGCCAGUCCCUGUGCAGUCGUAUGAACAUGGGUAUCCGGUCUCUGGCGGGUUUGCCAUGCCACCUAUCUCCUUAAACCAUAACCUCACCCCUCCCUUCACCUCCCAGGCUGGGGAGAACUCCCUAUUUAUGGGCAGUACCCCCUCCUACUACCAGCUGUCCAAUUUGCUGGCAGAUGCCCGCCUGGUGUUUCCAGUGACUACUGACCCUCUGGUGCCAGCAGGCCCUGUCAGUUCCUCAUCCACGGCUACCUCAGUCACUGCCAGCAACCCCUCCUUCAUGUUCAACCCCUCUAUGCCAGGGAUACUACCCAACUAUUCACUCCCGUUCUCACAGCCACUCCUGUCCGAGCCGAGGAUGUUUGCGCCUUUUCCUUCCCCUGUGUUGUCCAGCAACCUUUCACGGGGCAUGUCUAUCUACCCAGGCUACAUGUCCCCACAUGCAGGCUACCCAGCUGGUGGCCUUCUCCGGUCCCAGGUGCCUCCGUUUGAUUCUCAUGAGGUUGCCGAGGUGGGGUUCAGCUCCAAUGAUGAUGAAGAUAAGGACGAUGAUGUGAUAGAGGUCACUGGGAAAUAGCUGGGGAGCCCCUUUCUCCACCUCACUUGUGGGGGAACCCAGCAGGUUGCCCACCAAGCUGGAAGGCAGUGAAUUGGGCUUUCUGAGAAUAGGGCACUUGGCAGGAAGGAAAAGGAAGAAUACAAAGAAGAGUGGUUGGCUAUGGUGGCAGGGGCUCUGUUGUUACUGAACAAAGGAGGAAAAAAAAUUCAACAGAGCAGCAAUAGUGGGAAAUCGGGGACUCAAAACAGGGAUGGAGGGGCAGGGCAGUCUGUUUGUCUUCCUUCCUGCCUUGCUUAUGCUGUCUACUUGCUUGCUCGCCCAUCUGAGUGUAGAAGUUCACAUCCCAUUUUGUCUUUGGGAACAUUCUCUCCCAAGAGAGCUGCCUUACUGGGUGACUUAGGCUGGCCUGGGGAGGUGGAGAGAGAGGGUGACUGAGAGAAGGAAGGUGGGCUGGGGGAGCAGACUGAGAUCCCAUGUGAAAUGGGAUCUUUUUAGGGGGUGGGAAGGAAACAUACCAGGUAUGUGUGUUUGUGAGUGUGUGUGUAUGUUUAUGUAUGUAUGUAAUGGACCAGGGGCGAAGGUGGGAGGGGAGGGAAGGAGGGAGGAACUAAGGGGGAAAUUGAAAAAUGAAUUUACCUUUUUAAAAUGGAGAUCAAAGUGUAGUGAUUCCAUGGCCACCAUCAGUGUGAACAUCAAGUUGAGCCCAGUUGGGUAAAGAGAAGGCCCAGCUAACUCAAGUCCCUGGUUUUCAGAGUCACAAUUGUUUUUACAAUUAGGAGAAAAUCAUGAGAGAAAAUGGGCGUUACCAAUCUGUCUCUUACUCCAGUGGCUGUCUCUAAACAGAUCUCCCUUUCCAAGGUGAGAGUUGUCUGUGUGCAGAGGCUGGGAGGGAGGAGCAUUUCAGUGUGAGUGAGAGGUCAUGGAAUUGUGGCUGGAAAGUACAUUUCACCAGGGUGGAACUGAGCCCCCAAUUGUCCAUCUUGGUGGUCUUACCUGUUCCUUUCCUUCCCCAUUGGAAAGCUCUGCGUUAAUUUAUUAAGGGCAAUUAUUUAUUAUUUGAACUUUUCAUGUGUCUUUUUUUUUGGUGGGGGAGGGGGGAGUUAGAGGUAAGGAGGGUAGGACAUAGAAAGGGAUAUUUUAAGAUAUCCCAGUCCCUACAGCUACUGGUUUAAAAAAAAAAAAAAAAGAAAUCCUGGGUAGAUGGUAAAUUGACCAGGGAGAGAGAGUUAGGCUUGAUUGAGGUUUAAAUAACUAUGUUUUUGAGAGGUGGCCUCUCAGGAGGGUAGUUAGUGGUGAGUGAGAUUCAUUCCACAGAGACUGAAACUUGAGAUCACAAGUUUGCUAUUGGGAAGUAAAGGGCCCCAAAUUUAGAGCUUUGUCCUCCUGAGAUGACCUUAGAGGCCACCUCUCUAUGCUGAUUAGUUAAGCUAUGGAUAGGCAGCUUCUGGGUUGAGGGAAUGGACUAUUGAUUUUUUGUUAGGAAAUGUCUUGGCUUCCCCAGCCUAUCAGGUGAUCAAUGUGGGCCUGGUGUCUGCUGCUUCCAUCUUUUUCAAAGGAACACGGAAGAGCUAUUGCUCUGUAGGAGCCUUAAGUCUGACUUUUGUCUUAAAAUCACACAUCAGUCAUUAUGGGUCUCCCCUUUCUUGUUUCCAAUGCCAGAAGAGGGGCUUCUAGUCCUUAACCAUAAGCACUGGCUGUCUUCCUAUUGGCAUGUCCUCCUCCCUCCCCCCAGGACUUUGCCAGGCAGUGUCCUUUAUGAUGAACAAACCUUGUCUGGCUUUAGAGCUUUACCACCUAUCCAUGGCUUCCUCCUGGCUAGGCAUCUGCUGAACCUGCCUCUUCCCAUCCCAGGAAGCAGCUUAAUCAGGUCAUCCAAGUAGUAGCUCCUACAGCUCUUCUGACUAGCUCAUUUCCAUUGUUAGAGGGCCUUUGUAGACUUUGGGGUAUUGGCCCCAGAGAAGAGAUAAGCAAUUGUUGGAUGGAGGUGGUGUGUGUGCAUGUGUGUUUGUGUGCUGUCCAGUAACACCAAAAGUGGAAUUUAGGGAGCUUGCUUUCUCUGUUUUCAUAAGCACUGUACUUAACUCUUCUACUCAUGGAAGCCUUAGAUCUACAAUUUAGCUAUGCAAAUUAUUAUAGUAAUUUAAAAAUAGCAUUUCCAACCAGUACUUUCUCUUUCAGAUGCAUCCCAAGAAUGGAUGGUGAAGGGACUCAGUUGGAGUGGACUCUCAGGUUGAGGCUGGUGCAGUAGGAGUGAGUUAGUCUGAAUCUCCAUUUUGCAGAACACACUCAGAACCUUGGUUAUACUUGAUGCCUCUCAGUUCCUAGAGCUAGGAUUCCAAAGGCAUGCAUGUGUGUUUUAGAGGAAAGAGAGGUAUUUCUGUGUUCACUUCUUGGAAAUUACUGUAGCAGAAACCAUCCCAGCAGGAAACUGGAACCGAUGACUGGAGGAAUGGGCUUUUGAAGUAAAUCAGUAUUGUGAGAGGCAGCACAUGCCUAUUCUCCACCCUCACUGAUUCCAGAGCUGGAUUUUGAUUCAACUCAACAAAGGCCAUAAUUCUGGGAGGCUGACCUGAGUAGAGAAGGCUUUCUCUAAUAUGUGCAGCUUCUAUUGUGUAAGGGGGGGGUGGGGUGGAAUCGUGGGAAAUUGGAAUGCUAUACUACUUCUGUGGUUCUUGCCUUUAAAAAAAAAAAAGCGAACCCGAAAACACUUUGUGACCCUUCUGCUGUCUCUUUGUGUGCUGAUAGGCAAAUAUGCAUACACACCAAGCAUGAGCAUGUAUGUGAGAGAAACAGGAAAUGUCUCAGAGCCUAGGAGCCAGGUUUUAUAGUUUCUUUGAUCAGAAAUGGUUGGUGGUGGCUUCUACUCACCAUCCAGGCAUGAGCUGGGAGGGCUGACGCUAAGAGCAUAGGCAGAUCAGGUCUAGGUAUUUCUCUCACAGUUGUCUUCCAUGGAAUGUUUUCCGGGCUUCUUGAGCCCCAUCUAUCUUGUUAGCAUAUGUUCUUAGCCUGCAAAACAACAGUACUAUUUAAUGAUUCAGGAUUACCAUUUAUAGUGAUGCUUUCCUUUUCUUAAUAUCUUUAUAGAUAAAAACUGAACAGGGACAAAAGUAGCUAUUUAAGAAAGGAAGUUAGUAAACCAUGUUGGAUCAGAUCAAUUUCUUCAGAUUGGGUAUCUGCGAAGUCCUUACCUCUUUGCGAUGUGCUUCUUAAGCAUGUAUCUCGUCAUCUCUUGAUUUAAGGAUAAUUCUAUCUAGUCCUUACAAUUCUUUUUCCUAGAAAUUAAUGUGUGGAGUCUCUAUAUACUUGUAAUUCACACCUAAAUAAGACAUUUCCCACUUAAGGAGCAUGAAGCAAAGAGCUGGGGUAAAAUUUGCUGACUGGUUGAAAAACCAAACUAUAAUAGUCUAGGUGGGAUUGUCAUUCCGGAGGCUGUCAGCAGAGAAAGGCCCUCUGCAUCAAUCUGUUCAAGCCUGGCAUUGCUAUAGAAUUGCAUCCUCAUCCCAUGGGGAAGGUCUUUUGGGGUUUUAUAUUCCUUGUUACUAGUGUUCCUAGAUACCUCUUUUCACUUCCCUUACUUUUGAUUUAUCAGAAAACCAGUCUUUCUGUUCUGAGCCAUUGCCUCUGUACACCCAGGUAAAAGCUAAGUGUGUCUUCCCUUACCAGAACUCCUGAGAGAAGUCAUCCUUCUCUCAAAGGACGCUUAAGAGGCUUUCUGUCCCACUGCUGACUUCCUAGGAAAUGAGCACCUCAAAGCCUGAGAAUGCUGCACUCUCCACUGAUCACCUUCAAACUCCAUUCCCUUCUACUGACUCUUCUUUUCUGCCUUGCAUAUUGUACUGUGACCCUUCAGUGUCUGUUGUGUUUUACUGGCUUGGCCCUAGGCCUUUCAUGAAUACCCAAGUUUUAUAAUGAUGAAUUUCCUGAGCAGGCAAUGUCCAGCUUCUUUGUUCUUCAGGGACCUGAGUCUGCAUCCUUCCCCUCUCACGGAUCUGGAUAUUAUAAUCUAGGGCAUUAGAGAGGGUUAGCCAGGUAAGCUGCAAAGUCUGUACUGCAGAGGGCUGGGGGUGGUUUGGGUACUCUCUGCUACCACUUCUGGAUGAUAUUCAGAAGAGUGGGGACCUCUUACUGUGACCUGACCUGGGACCCUCCCUGGAAAAAGAGCUCUGCCCAACUAUAAGUGUGUGUGUGAGAGAGAGUGUGUGCGUAUGUGUGUGUGUGUGCGCGCGCGCGCUCUUGUGCACCAGUGUGUAAAAUGACUGUUAUCUGGUUGUGUUACUCAGGGUGGGCUGGGGACUUGCCGGAAGAAUCCCCCCCACAGCCUACCCAAGACAGGUUUUUUCCUGUACCCUCUUCAGAGAAGUCAGGGGAAGAGGGUCCAGGUGGGUGAGGGGUUCACAAUGGAUAACCACUAAGGCCACACUGCUUCCAGGAGUAGAGUGAGAUAAGGUGGGCACCUGGCUUUGGUUUUCCAUCUUUCCUCAGGAUGCCCUGAGGCCUGGGACCUGCACCUGGCUUUGAGGACCAUCUGUAGCUGGGUGAUCCUGCUGCUGGUGUGAACAUGGGCUUCCCUCCUCUCAGCAGGGCAGGCCAUUCCUGCUCCAGAGACUGGGCAACUGGCUGUUUCUAUGACGUAUUUAUUUUUACUUGUGUUUCAUGUCACUUUUUUAAAAAGCAAACAGAACAAUUGUAAGUCAGUAUAACUGCCUAUCAGUUUUCUUUAUUUCUUUUUGUAAAAUAAAAUUUAAACUCAA